AUGGUGAUGUCCCAGGGCACCUACACGUUCCUCACGUGCUUCGCCGGCUUCUGGCUCAUCUGGGGUCUCAUCGUCCUGCUCUGCUGCUUCUGCAGCUUCCUGCGCCGCCGCCUCAAACGGCGCCAGGAGGAGCGACUGAGGGAGCAGAACCUGCGUGCUCUGGAGCUGGAGCCCCUCGAGCUUGAGGGCAGCCUGGCUGGAAGUCCUCCGGGCCUGGCGCCGCCGCCACCACCGCACCGCAGCCGUCUGGAGGCGCCUGUGCACGCGCACUCGCACGUGCACGUGCACCCGCUGCUGCACCACGGGCCCGCGCAGCCGCACGCGCAUCCGCACCCACACCAUCACGCACUGCCGCACCCACCGCCACCGCACCUCUCCGUGCCGCCUCGGCCCUGGAGCUACCCGCGCCAAGCGGAAUCGGACAUGUCUAAGCCGCCGUGCUACGAGGAAGCGGUGCUGAUGGCCGAGCCGCCGCCGCCCUACAGCGAGGUGCUCACGGACACUCGCGGGCUCUACCGCAAGAUCGUCACGCCCUUUCUGAGCCGCCGCGACAGCGCGGAGAAGCAGGAGCAGCCGCCUCCGAGUUACAAGCCUCUCUUCCUGGACCGGGGCUAUACUUCGGCGCUGCAUCUUCCCAGCGCCCCGCGGCCCGCCGCCCCCUGCCCUGCCCUCUGUCUGCAGGCUGACCGCAGCCGCCGGGUCUUCCCCAGCUGGACCGACUCAGAGCUCAGCAGCCGCGAGCCCCUGGAGCACGGAGCUUGGCGUCUGCCGGUCUCCAUCCCCUUGUUCGGGAGGACUACAGCCGUAUAGAGGGGCGCCCGGCGUCCCGAGCCCCACAGGCAAACUCCUAGCCUGACUGCGGGGCUUUUUAAAUGCUUCCCUUGGACUGCAGGGAGGGGUGGGGGGAGGGUGGGAUUUCUUACCCUGUUUGUUACAUUUUGAGG